AAUUCCUCCCCACAUAUUACUCUCAUUAUCAUUUUCUUGUCUUUGAAACAUUAAUACUAAUGGCUUCGAGUACAUGGACGGCCAAGCAGAACAAGCUCUUCGAGAAUGCUCUGGCCAUCUACGACAAGGACAGUCCCGAUCGCUGGCACAAUCUGGCUAGAGCCGUUGGUGGGAAAACCGUUGAGGAAGUGAAACGACACUAUGAGAUGCUUGUUGAAGAUGUCAACAAGAUUGAGGCUGGUGAAGUUCCUUUGCCCAAUUACCGAAAGAUUGGUGCCAACAACAAGGCCUACAACAGCUUUAUGGAUGAGGAACAAAGGCUGAGAAAUCUAAAAUUGCAUUGAAGCAUCCAAAUGGAAGGAAUAAAAGAAGCGUUUCAACUGAUAUUAGAAUUUAAGAGAG